UUAAUUGUUAAUUUCCUCCCACAGUGUGAAUGUUGUCACUUCGUAAGGGAUGUGGUCAUCUCAGAGGCACAGCAUCCUGGUUUGGUACAAUAAAUUCAGCAUCAAGACUCACACCUAAACAGCAGUUUGUAACUUUUGUGUGCCCACAAUUUUCUCUGCCCUAUUUACAAGCAGGCAUCUGGAAGUGUCCACGCACAACAGUGACUAGAACUAUGGCAACCCUUCAUUAUUUGAAUCAGCAAGAAGCUAUUAAUGUGGACCAAGAGCUGUUUAAUGAGUAUCAGUUCAGUGUUGACCAGCUGAUGGAGUUGGCAGGUCUCAGCUGUGCCCAUGCUAUUGCUCAGAAUUACCAUCCUGAGACAGCCAAAUCAGUUCUAGUGUGCUGUGGUCCAGGCAACAAUGGUGGAGACGGCCUAGUGUGUGCUAGGCAUCUCAAGCUUCUAGGAUUUUCUCCAGUAAUUCUCUAUCCCAAAUCAGUUGAUAAGCCACUCUUCAACAAUUUGGUGAAGCAGUGUCAGAUGUACAGCUUAACAUUCAUCAAUGAGAUGCCUGACCUACAGACUCUAGACAGAAACUAUCAUUUAGUGGUGGAUGCUCUUUUUGGGUUUAGCUUCAAGCCUCCUGUGCGGCCACUCUUUGCUCCCAUCUUAGAGCUUCUUGCUCAGACUUCAGUACCUGUUGUGAGCAUUGAUAUUCCUUCAGGAUGGCAUGUAGAAAAUGGUCCUCCAGAAGGCAGUGCUGUACUAACACCAGACAUGCUCAUCUCUCUUACUGCACCAAAACAGUGUGCAAAAUACUUUAAAGGUUGGUUUCAACUACAUUGUUUAUUUAAAUCUGUUUUACUUUCAAGUGCUUCAUAUGUAGUUGUAAUAAGGUCAACUUGAAAUAGUAAAACGUAC